CGUGACCCACGCUCGCCGCCAUUUCUUCGAAUAAACAACGACCCGGAAGGUUGGUGUGAAUUUAUUGUGAAUUUUUGAAGAACAAAUAUAUAAUUUUUAUUGUAAAAUGUCUGACGUAGAAGCAGCAAAUACUAACAAUACUGUUAAUGAUGAACAUGAUCAGGUUGACAAAGCGACAAAAGCUAAGAAGUCAAAGUCCCCAAGAGUAUCUAGAAUUGAUAGAGCUCGAGAGGAAAGUGAAGCCCUUACCAAGGGUUUAGAUACUCCGCCUGAGGGUCGAAGGGUGACUCGUUCAGCUGCUAAAGGUGUUACCGCUACUCCUCCACCACCAGCUAAAAAGGAACGCAAAAGCAGUACUGGUUCGGCAACCGGUGGAAAAGGCAGAGGGAGACGUUCUAAAAAAGUACUGGCAGAAGAAAGUUCAGAGUCUCAGGAUGAAAAUAAGGACUCUGCUGUAACUGAAAGUGAAGAGAAACCAGAAAAGGAAGUUGCUCAGAAUGAUUCACCGGCUGAAUCAUCAGAGCCCAAAUCAGAAGCAGAGCCAAUGGAAACAAAUUCACAUGAGGAAAAAGAUGAAGCUGCAAAUAACAAUGCAGCUGAGUCUUCCAAGGAACCCGAAGCCACUGAAAAUGGAGCGAAGGAGGACAGCGUAGACGCGCCCACGUCCGAAGAUGAGAAAAAGGAGGAGGAGCCAGCUAGUAGCACAAAUAGCGAAAAAGUCAGCAGCGACGAACCCGCGGUGGCAGAGAGCGAGGCUCCGUCAACGGAGGCCGAAAAACCGGCAGAAUAAGUGCGCCAACGCCAUUUUCUAUUCAUAAUAUGGUAGGUUAAUACAAUACAAUGGUAAAAUAAGGAUUGUGGGAAUAAAUUACUGUUUACUUUAUGAGAUUCGCCGAGUUACACGCGCAUCGGGAUACUCCAGGCAGACAAUUUAUUAUCAUCUCUUCACUCAUACUGUAUUGACAAAGCAUAAAUCUGGAAUCGAAAAUUUAUUUCCACACUACACCUACUAACUAUACACUUGUUUUACUGCUGUAUGGCGAUUAAAGAAUAUUGAGUUUUAAUAUUCCUAAAAAAAAUUAUGUAAUUACGCUGAACAUUUCAGGCCAUAAGUUUUAUUUGAAUUUUUCUUUUUGGUGUUUUUUUUCCGAUUGGAAUCAGUAAUAUAAGGUGUAACAGAAAAGGAAAAAUAAAAAUAUAUGUUGUGGCCUCGAUUUUAUAAUUUUAAAAGUUAGGUUGUCAUGAUUUUGUAGUGGGAGUGUGGUUUUCAUAAAGAAAUAUACGGAUGCUAAUAUAGAAAAUAAUGUUUGAUGUUAUUUUACCUGUUCACUUUCCUACGUGUUUUUUUUUUUCGAUUUUAAAAUACAUUCAAACAUGAAAGUUCUUCUGUAUUAUCGUCUGUUAUUGGCAAUACUACAAUUAGAAGUUUAAAUAAUAUUAUUUUAAAUUAAGUUUGAAAGCGGGUCUGUGGUAUUUACCGUCGACCCUUCUAUUGGGUUAGCAUCAUUCAUUUGUAUAUUUGCCCUUUGACGUUAAUUAAAAUUGACUCGACUUUCGCUACGUUAGAGUUUUUUUUUCUGUAAAAUUGAUGAAAGUAAGUGGGAGUGCAGUACAUAUUUACAUAUGUACCUGAAUCUCCAUUUUAUAAACAUUUACCUAUUUUUUGAUAACAAUAUCUCGACACAGAUCCAUCAAAUAAACCUUAUAUUAAUUUAUCGCAGUUACUUUUUGUUAUCGAAAAGUAUCAUUAAUUCCAUUGAUUAAUUAAUUACAUUGUAUUUAUAGUGUUAAGUGAAACAAUACAAUUAGUUUUUUUUGCUAAUUUAUAGCUAGAGGUGAGUCUUGACAGUACAUAAUAAAAUUCAUAUAAUAAAUUCCUAAAAUUCAGCUAAUUUUGAUAUACUGAGUCUGCCAAAAAGUUUAUAACUAAUCGGAAUAUAGAAAAUGUUUGUACUGAAAUUCUUCGACAUGUUCAAUAAUAA